GAGAGGGGAGAGGGCAUGAGAUAAACCGUGGUAGAUUCAGAGGCAGACAUUGGAUUGGCAUGGCUGUGUGCUGCUUAGUAAUUCAUCAUACAUCCACAAGGCUCCUGCCUGGACAUUUGGAUUGUCUCUCAAACAGCUUACAAAUGGUGCUGGACAAAAAAGCACUGAGUCUGGCUUUGUUUUUACAGCAUGUUGCAGGGCACUGGGAGAUAGAGAGAGAGAAUUGAGGGCGAGCGGGGGCAACAUCACCACACAUUUGUGCGAUGCUCCGUGAGCUCUGUUUUUUUAACACCGUUGGGCUUUUCUGCACAAAGACUUUGGACUAAUGGACGAAUGCAGCAAUGCAACUCUUUGCUUGUCAUGCUUGAAUUACUGUUUCAUAUAUCCUUUUUUGUCACAGCACUCAUUGUCUUUGUCUAUCACUGCUGCCAGAGGAACUGUGGGAUAGUGUGGCAGACACAGCUUUCUCUUCAACCCCCCUCUCCCUUGUUUGGUUCCCUUACUUCUCUUCUCUCCCAGCUUGCUCGUGUUAAUUUCCCUCUUCUGCGCUACGCUCCCCUCUGUGUUAUCGUCAGUUAUUCUCAGUGGUUACUGUCAGGCUCUUGUUGCACAAUUAAAACAGACCGACUUCUAUUCUAUUUUAGCAGCUGGUUACGUGAUUUCCUAGAAAACAGUUUUCCUCUGCUGUUUUGCCAUCACACAAUUCCAAAGCUCUGUCAGGUAUCUCUCUCCAUAACAUCAGGAUGCUCAUUCAAGAGGAUUGAUCCCUUUCACCCUCUUCACUCAUCUCUCCCCUUCCCUUCUACCAGUCAUCUGCCCUGUGACCCCCACCUUUUUGUUCUCAAGCCCCAUCCAUUUUCUCCCAUUUGUCCUUAACCUAAACCUCCUCUCCCCUAAUUCAUUUGACCCUCUCGACCAUGUUGCCAUGGGUCUACUGGCUUCAACCUAUCCUCAUCUUACUGUCCUCUGUCUUUUGGACCUGUAGCGAAAACUGCCCAGCAACCUGCCUGUGCCCAGAUCCUCACACUGUGGACUGUAGUGGCCGGGGGUUAACCCGUCUUCCUGAAGAGAUCCCUUUGGAUGUCCGGAGGCUUUUGCUGGCUGACAACUGGAUACCCCGCAUCCCCUCAGAUUUUCUGGUUCUGUACAGUGACUUGGUCUACUUAGACCUCCGGAACAACUCCCUCUCUUACAUAGAACCUGGGACCCUAAGCACCUCUUCCAGGUUGGUCUUCCUUGACCUAGGUAGCAACAAUCUGACUGAAAUCCCUAAGGGGACUUUUGGGGAAUCCCGGAGCUUAAUCAAACUGAGACUGGGAAACAACCCAUAUUUGAGCAUGGUGAGUGAGGACGCCUUCCUGGGCCUCACCUCACUGCGAGAACUUGAACUGGAACGUAAUGCACUAUCUACCCUAAAGGUGGGGGCCCUGAGUCAGUUGCCCUCCUUGCGGGUGGUGAGACUAGAGGGCAACCCUUGGGUGUGCAACUGCAACUUUACCAACCUGUUUGAAUGGUUGAUGGAAAAUCAUCACAAGCUCCCAAAUGGGGUGGAAGGCAUGGAGUGCUCCCUUCCCAUGGAUGGCAGACGUAUUUCUCUGACACAGCUUUCAAAGGACAGUUUUCGUGAGUGCCAGGCCACCUUGACUCUAACAGACUUGCUCAUCAUCAUUUUCUCUGGCAUCUCUGUGUCUGUGGUGGCCAUCAUGACCAGCUUCUUUUUGGCUUCAACUGUUCAUUGCUUCCAGCGCUGGAGUAAAGGCACGAAGGGAGAUGAAGAAGAGAGUGAGGAGUAAAAAGAAUUUCCUUAUAAGGACGUACAUUGUCCUGGUACUCCAAACUACUUGAAUAUAUUCAAGACAGUGUUUGGUCAGUGCUGAUUCCUACUUGGUGAAGCUCCAGAACCCUUGGAUCAUGGAUUGGUACAGUCACAGUCAAAAGAUGGAUAUACAUACAACACUAAUAAAUGACAUCUCAAAGGAAUGAGGUUUGUAAGUUUAUCACUCAAUGUGCAGAGAUCAUAUUUUUGUCAGUGAAACGUUUUUGGCUCAGUGUCAAAUAAUGUCAAGAAAUGUAAUGAGGCCAAGACUACAACUCGCAAUGAAAGAGAAAAAGAUUUUACUGGAUUACAUAGCAAUGGUUUUAAUGUAGUGCUGUCAUUUUUGUCUUAGAAAAACCAAAAAUCUAACAAAAUCCGCUCAUGCUGAACAAUCAGCUUUGGAAUCUGAAACUGUAAAGAAAGAUCAAGGUUUUUGUGAAUUUUAAAAUAACAUUUACUAGAACUUUAUCGGUGUAAAGCAGGACACCUCACUGACCUAAAAUCAGUUCUGAAAGGAUGUCAUGAUGACCAGUGACCUGAAUAUUUAACUGCUUGUAAAGUGAUAUGCUGGCAUAUCAUACCGUUUAACAGUGUCCUGUCUGGAUUGCCUCAUUUGCUUAUUUUAAAGGGUUAUUCUCAAGAACUGAACAUUAAUAGUGUUGCUCUUUCUGAAUGAAUCAAAGACACAAAGCCUAACAAAAAGAGUUUGGCAGACAGGAGUAGAUUCCAGUGGGUCUUCUCAAACUUUCAGCAGUAUUCAUUAUAUAUUUACAAAUUUAUGUACUAAAGUAAAUGGCAUGUAAUCAUAAUUAGAAAUCAUAAUGAUAGUAUAUUCCUUAGAUUUAUGACUAUAAACUAUGUAGAGAAAGAUAUUUCUAAAAUAUAUACAGCAUAGUCGUGGAAAUUAUGGCAAAAUAUGGUAUUAAAUUGAAUUUAUUUAGUUACUCUGUCAACGCACUUUAAACAGUACACCUAAUUUUGGCAGGUAUCUCAUGAGGACUGAUACUGUCUUGUUUGCCAAAGAUUAGGUUUCGGGAGAGGAAAUCUGACAUUGGAUGACUUUGUUGUGGAUAAUGUGCUACACAGAAAGACAGUAGUAGCUACAUAAUAGAAACCAACAUGCACUUUGUAGAACGCUCUUUUUAAUCAAACAAUUACCAUCUCCAAAGAUUAACUAUUUCUUCCUGUCAAUAUAUAGCAUCUUUCAGAUCAGAGUUCUGUGAUAAACACAAAGGACCCUUUAUUUGUCUUUCAGAUCCUACAAGUUGAUCUGGGGAGCUCAUGGGGCUCCGUGUCCUUUCAAAAAAAUGCAGCCAAAAAUGUGAAGGUGAAGGGGCGAGGUGUAUAACUAAGCAGCAUUUACUUGCAUAUUAAAUUUGUUUUGAGCAUGUCUCCUGCACCCAAUAAUUUCUGUAUUAUUUAUUAGUUGUAAUUUACAUACUGGCUGUCCAAAUACAUGCAAUGCUUUUUAUAAUUUGUGCAUCAUCCUUAGUAUGUUCAUGUGUGCAUCAGAUGCUACUGAACUACAUAUUUCUCAGAUUAAAUCAAAACUAUAGGAUCACAGCUGCCCUCUUUCAUGUCAUGGCCAUCUUGGCUGUGUGACUAUAGCUUCUGAGGUGGAUCACAGAUUAAACAGCAGUGGGACACCUUUGACCCAAUUCCAUUUUGACUUUUUUAUCUGAUCACGAACAACACCUGCAGGACACAUUUAAGUCACAGGCUGAAAGUCUGAUCUGAAAGGAGUUUUUGACUAAAUCAGCAGUCUUCACACAUCAGUGUUUAAUCCUGAUUUUAACAGAGGGGCCACCUUGUUAUAUAUAGCUAUUUAUUUUAUGACAGACAAAUGAUCGGUCAUUUGAGAAAUGGGUUGUCUUGAGAUUAUUUUCAGUUGCCUUUUUAUUUAUUUCAUUACAUGGAUCUUUAAUUUGUUUUGCUGAAAAUCAUAUAAAACAGUUUAAUUGAUAUACAGAAACGGUAUUGUUUAAACAUGUUCUCAACAGGUUCUGCAGUCAUGACAGUACAACAUACUCCAUAUGUAAUAAAGCAGAGUCCUGAAGGGUUUUAUUUCUGGAAUUUGCAUUAAGUGUUUUCAAAUCAUCCUUGAUAACGACUUAGAAUGCACAAAAGCUGAUAUGUAAUUAUUUGCUUCUCAUUUUCUUGUAACUCAUUAGUAAUUCAGCAAACUGAGAUGUAGCAAAAAGAAUGUCAACCAAUGGAUAUAAAAAGAGUCAUCUGUAUUUAGUGGUCAUUUCUGUGUGGGCAUGAAAAUGGGACAUAUUCCUUUUUCUCUUUAGAAAGAGUUCAAACCCUAAAUGUGCAGCAGUCAAUGGCACAUUUUGCAGAAAUGACGAAAUAUAAAUGUGGCCUUAUUCAUUGUUGUCAUUUUUUAACAAGUAUUGACAAAAUCACAAGAUUCAUAGUACACUAUUUCAAAGGAUGUCUCAAAUCAUAACAGUUGUUGUAACCUACCUGUAAUGUUAAUGUAUGUAUUCAUAUAAGCAUCAUAUAUGUCCCACAUAUUAACAAAAAUGACACUGUAUAAACAUGGUAAAUAUUCAACUUAUGGAUGUUGUGUAUUGCCUAAACAUAGUACACGCUGAUUUACCAUGCUGAAUGGAGAUCAUAGAAAUUGACCUUUCACUUCACUAACACUGGCUUCUAAAAUGUCCAUGAAAGCAAUGGACUUGUCAGCUUUGGGUACUUUUCUGAUUUAGAAGCAAUGCUCCUCUUCAAAAUAAAAAUGAAAGAAAAAGAUCAAUGGAAAGUAUUGCAGGAUUUUGGAGAUAGCAUAAUAUUCCUAUGAACCCAAAGCAUGAGAAAACGGAAGGAUAAGGCUAAUUAGCUUCUUUUACCUCACUAUUUUAUUGCAUUAAAAGUUUGCAUCUUUACCCACUGCCAAGAAUCUUCCUUUAUAUCCUCAAACAAGCUGAAGUAAUUUGAAUUAGUUGAACUUCUUUACCCAUUAUAUGCUGUGUUUUUCUAUUCAGAUACACAAACUUAUAUGAAGGGAUAACAGGGAGAAUUUUUUAUACAUAUCAUUAUUAUUUGCAACUACUGUGUAGUUACUGUAUAUUGAAAAUACUGUCAGAUUAGUUGUUAGAAUGAAAAUUAUUAGCAUGACAUUUUACUUUCUCUUAUUUUAUUACCAAUAUCAGUACAUUAGAGCAUGCACUGUUAAGUUACCAUCUGGAUAAUGUUCAGAUUCAUGUCUAUUUUUUUAUUACAGCUUCCAAAAUGAAGCAUUUACUUAUGUUCUUUGUCCCCUGUGUACCUUUCUGGCAUUGCACAGCCCUGGGAAGCAGAAACAGAGGUGGCUGCUUUUGUGCAACUUGUCUUGCGUAAAAUACCAAAAUUCCUGUUGUGAUUUGUCAAACAAAUGUCAGAAUGGGUCAAAUCUAAAUUAUUUUGUUGGAAAAGUGAGUAACAAUGCUGUUGCUGCUGAAUGCAUUUCCAAAUGUCAAGCAGACACUGUCAAACAGACUGUAUGUGUAGCUGUAUAUUGAUGUUUGGUUAAAAACUAUAAUAGUAAUAAAAUCCUUUCUUCUGUCCUCA